CUCAUUUUAAAUAAGUAUAAUGUCUGCUUGAUAAGCUUGCUUCUCUUCUUCAUUUUGCCUCUCUUCAAUCGAUCCCUCGAAGUACCCCCGCCGCCGUGCAGCCGCCGCCGCGCAUCUCCCUCUCCUUACUUAUCUCCGGCGUGCUCUUCUUUGUCGGUGCUAUCGGGAUCGUCUUCACCAUUGUCGUGCUCCUUCGCCCCCCGAGGACACGCUUAGGAACUUCCGGUCAAGAUCUAGCGUUGGUGGCGGUGCUGGGUUGGAGGAUCAGUCGAAGCUGCUGGGCUUCGUCGGGGUGCAAAUGGGCUUUGGAUCCGCUGAUCAUCGGGCUGGGCUUCGGAGCACUUGGUUCCCUUCAGAUCUGGAGGCUCUAGCUCGGUUUGUUGAUUUAAGUAACCUCAAGAUGGUUAAUUUUGGGAAAAGGUUGAUGCAAGAUCAAGUCCAAGAAUGGAAAGAAUACUAUAUUAAUUAUAAGCUAAUGAAGAAGAGAGUAAAGCUGUAUGUUCAACAGACUCAGGUGGAUGGAAAAGAUCAUCAGCAAGUGCUCAAAGAAUUUUCCAGGAUUCUCGAUGAACAGGUGGAUCGCUCUCAAUGGGAUGAGCUGUUAGCUUAUAAUGGAAAAGUUGUACAAUAGGUUUGUAGGGAUUAGCAAGGCUUGCAUUUUGCAUUGGCGGUCCAUAUGGUCAUGGUCCUCGAGUUCGUGAGCGUGCCGACGUAACUAUUAGAUUAGAUGGGGCGAAAGUAGUUGAGUUCUCAAUUGUUUGUUGGUAAAAAGAAGGUGUCACCUCUUUCUUGUGAAAAUCAUAUUUGUUUUUUGCAUGAUGUAUUUCUUAAAAGGAUUUUGUUAACAAACUAUUGCACAAGUGAGCUAUAUAAAUCGACCAAUUAUUGAUGUUUGAAAUAGUUAUCAUAAUGGAUCAAUUGUACAUUUUUAGUUGAUAUUAGCUAACAACUUAGCUUUUAUAUGACCAUUUUAUUCUCAUUUUCUGUUUGU